AUUCUCAUGUGAACCCCAGUGGGUUUCUGGGGCAAGUAAAGGUGAUGAAUGAUGCUACUCUCUCUCUCUCUCUCUUAAGUCAUAACUCUUCCUCCUUCUAAUCUAACCAGUAACCAGUAACCACACCUCCCCUUCCUCCAUUAUACUCUCACAUUGUUAUAAUUGGAAGCCAAAUAAAAUAAUAAUAAUAAAAAACCAAACUUUAUUUUUUAUUAUUUUGAGGUUUUACUUUUAAUGUUAUUUCCUAGUCUGGGAUUUUUCAUAUCUCCUUAAACAGAAACCAAACCAAGCCACAUCCAUUUCCAUUUCCAUUUCCAUUUGCUUAGCUGUACCUGAAUCAUGUUUUCUCUCUCUCUCUCUCACAUCACAUUCCUCAUUUCCUCUAUUUUCUAUAUAACUGAAUAGCUAAAACGAUCACUGCUGUCUCGUCCUUCUCUGCAAUCCCUACCAAUGUCCAGGAAAAAAUUAAGAAAGCCAAUAUGGAGGGAGGGCCACAGGAGGAGCCCGCGGAUAUCAGCGUCCAAGGCCCAGAAUGUGAAUGUGAAUGUGAAUGAGACUCACCCUAAUUUUGGGGUCUCACACUCUCACUCCAAAAGCUCAAAACUUAGUGGAAGUGAUGCUCAGGCUCAGGCUCAGACUCAGACUCAGACUCAGGGACCAGCGACAAGGACAAGGGCCACAAAGAAGAGAAGACUCAAACCACUUCAAGAUGUUGCUUCAACUUCUACUUCUCUUUCACCCCGACCACUACAACAACAACAACAAAAGGGUGGCACAAAACCCAUUUACAAAGAUCAUCAUACUGAUAGUGAUCAACCAGUUGUUGCACGGAGUGAAGAUAGCCCAAGACAUGAAGAUCACGCUACCUACACCAAUAAACCAUCCUGCAUGCCAUCUGCACCAUGGAUGCCAGAAAAACGUAUUCUUGAGCUUGUUCUUGAUGUCUUACAAAGGAGAGACACACAUGAAAUAUUUGCUGAACCAGUUGACCCAAAUGAGGCUGAAGAUUACUAUGAAAUCAUUGAAGAGCCUAUGGAUUUUGGCACUAUGAGGGCUAAACUUCAUGAGGGAAUGUAUAGAAGUCUUGAACAAUUUGAGAAUGAUGUAUUUUUAAUACCUAAAAAUGCGAUGCAUUUUAAUUCUUCAGCUACCAUUUAUUUCAGACAGGCUCGCGCAAUACAUGAACUAGCUACAAAGAUUUUCCAUGUUCUGAAAACUGAUCCUGAGAAUUUUGAAUUGGAGUUCUCAGAUACAAAAAGAAGACGAAGAAGAAGUGGUAGGAGGCCCCAAAGUGAAGCUGGGGGUUCAAUUAAGACCUCUCUUCCUAUGCUUCCCACAAAUGUAAAAUCCAGUAGCAUGACGAUUGAUAUAUCCUCAAAUACAAUACCAUCAUUUCGCAAUUCAUCAAAUCUGGGGAGAAGUUUCCAACUAAAUUCUCAGUGCUCUGGUAUUGCUACUCGUUUUGAUGCAAUAGAUCCUGCACUUCUUUUUGGUGCAAAAGAUGGUAGAAGAUUUAGCUCUUUUGAAGUAGACCGCCGUUGUACAUAUAGACCUUGGAUGUCUUUCCUCAAUGAGAAUGAAUCAAAUUUUUCAACAAUUUAUAGUUCUUUGAAACCACUUGAGCAUGUGAGUCAGCAGGAGAUUGGUUAUAGAGAAAGCUUGAUGCUAUUUGUUGAAGGUUUGGGACCAACAGCCAAAAUGAUUGCUGAGCGAAAGUUGCUUGGACUGUCAGCUGAUACAUCCAAUUACCAGACUUCCAAUUAUUGGUUCCCAGCUCAAAAAUGUCAUGCUGACAUGGCAUCUAACCCUGCCCAAUGGGGGCCUAGUACUCUUAAUACCAUAAGCAAAACCCCAACAUCUCAGAAUUUCCUGGACCACCACUAUGGGAAACCAUCUCUCUUAAAAAACUCCUGUGACACAAUGAAUUUGGGGGAUGCUGGCAAAGGAAAAGAGGCCAACGUUGGGGAAGUUCAUGCCAGUGAUGAGAAGAAAUUUCUCAAUGUUCUUGGCAAGAACAAAAUUUAUGAGGAUCGGAGUUGGGAUUUUCCAUUUGGUUCAUAUUCCUCCACAGCUGGUACUGGAGAUUUGAAUUGCUUGGGUGCUGAAUUUCCAAACACGGGCAACAAGUCAACAACAUUGGAAAUGAACAAGGGCAAUUUUGAUCAUCAAGCACAAUUAUUGGAUUCAGCUUCUGAGUUUAUUAAGUCAACUGAGUUGGAAUCUUUAUCGAAAAACAGUUACGCUUCUCUGUCUUCAUGGCCUCUACGAACCUUGGGCAGGAAUGGACUGUCAAGUUUUAGUCAAACUAAGGACUCCAUGCACAACUCAAGUUUGGAAUAUCUGGCAGGUCAUGACCAAGCCAUAGCUGCACAAGGCCCUGGUGAUGGAGUUUGGAGCUCAUCCAAGUCAGGUCAAAUUUUGAAAUCAGACCAACCCGUGCCACAGGCUUCCCAAUUUAUUUUUGAUCUGCCAUAUUUGAAAACACGUCUUGACCAGAUGAGUGCAUGUAGUGAGGGGACCUCUAGAGCCAAAAUGACUUACCAAACUUCUUCAACCUGUACUCGUCAAGUAGAGCCUCAUAGUGAUAAUCAACAACCAUCUUCAAUAGGUAGUCAUCAUACUGAUUUAGCUCUUCAGCUGUAAGAAAUAUGUAGGACUCUAGUUUAUGGAAACAUAGAGCGAUAAAAGUGAAUAUUGAUUUCCAAAGUAGUGUUCUUUCAUCAUUUUCUUGUUCUAUGAUUAGCUAUGCUUGUGUUGAACCAGAUAUAGCUUGCCAAGUAAAUCAACUAAACGUAGAAAAGGAUUUCCAAAUUCCAAUGUUUGUCAAGAAACCAAAAGAAGUAGCUAGUGAAAACAUUUUUCAGCAUUUAUACCAUUUUAUGUAAUGGGAUAUAACUGGACCAGGCAGCUAGGCUUACACCUUGGUCAACUAAAGAACCAGAGGGAGGUUGGUACUAUAAUAAUCUGUGACGUUGCAUUGUGAUAUCCGAAGUUACUUAUGUUUACAACUGAUUCUUUGGCUAGAUAGAAGGCGUGAAUGGUUAAUGGUUGUUGUUGCGAUGGGGUGGGGGCCAUCAUAAUUGGGAGGUGUUGAACAACAGAAUUUGAUCCACUUCAACAGCUCCCCCUUCCCUUUGUUUGUCUAUGCAAUCAUUUCAGGGAAUUUGACUUAUAUUCAUGAUCUGACUUUAUUCCCUCACUCGUUAUUUUUUCUCGAUAUUUAUAUGCAAGAAGCCACGUAAAAGCGAUGAGGAUAAUACGUGUGACAUUCUGUUUAUAAACCUAAUUGAAGUCGCAUACAAGUUUCCUUGGGUGGGGUAGAAUGAUUGAUAUUAUGUUUAGUAAUUUGAUUGGACUGUUUCUAAAUGGAGCUACA